AUGCUGGCGCUGCUGGGGGAGGCAGAAAUGCCUUGGGACGCGCAUCUAUCCAGCGAUGCAGCAGACCUUGGUCUACUCAAGGACACCCCUCCCGGGCAGCCCAGACCAAAAGGAGAGCAGGACCAGCUGGGACCUCACUUCCUGGAGCUCCAGCAUGAGCCAGAUCACAAGCGGCGCUGCGCGCCCUGCCGCCGCGAGCUGCUGCACGAGUCUCGCACGUCCAAGGAAGGGCCUGCCUUGCUCUCAGCUGCCAGGGGGGACGCUAGGGCCCCAAUCUGCUGUGACGAUGGAAGAGUGGGAACGGUUGCAGAAGGAGGCACCUGCAGCGAAGGACGCAGACAUGUCAUAAACGUGCCUUCUGGUGAUGUCCCCCUAGGAGGCCACCACCCCGUGCAGGAAGGAGAGGUGUUCAACAUGAGAUACCAGGCUCUGCGCAAGCUGGGCUGCGGGGCCUUUGCCACAGUCUGGCUGUGCCAGGACAUGAGGAGGAAGAAACACGUAGCUGUGAAGGUCCCCAGAAGUGGGGAAAGCUUUGCUGAGGCUGCCCAGGACGAGGUCUCUCUCCUCCGAUGUGUGAGCAGCAUGAAGAAGAAGGACCGAGCAGGAGAAAACAUCAUCUGUUUAUUAGAUGACUUUAGAAUGAUGGGAGAGAACGGCUUCCAUAUUUCUUUGUUAUUUGAAGCACUGGGUCCUUCUCUGAGAUGUCUGAUGGGUAACUAUGCAGUCCAGGGCCUUCCUUUGCCUUUUGUGAAAAAAACUUUACAGCAGGUGCUAGCAGGCCUGCAGUUCCUGCACCAACGCUGUCGGAUUAUUCAUACAGACAUCAAACCAGAGAACAUUCUGCUGUAUGUAGGUGACAAGACCCUCCAGAGUCUUCUGCCUGAUACUGUCGACUCUAGCCAGAGAACAGAUUUGGGGCAAAAGGGACCAGAAAGCAUUUUAGGAUCUUUAAGGCUGAAAAACUUUAAAGGAGCGCGUACGUGUGAAGUACCUGCUGGUUCGGAGAAAGACCUGAUUUCUCUCUGUCCUUUCCAUCUAGGAGGUGAUCUUGGCAAUCGAUUGGAACACUCUGAUUUAAUGAGCAUAGAAGUGAAAAUUGCAGACCUGGGCAGUGCGUGCUGGACAUACAAGCCUUUUUCAAAGGAGAUCCAGACCCAACCGUACCGUGCCCUGGAAGUGCUUCUUGGGUUAGACUACGGCACUCCUGCAGAUAUCUGGAGCACAGGCUGCCUGGCAUUUGAGAUGGCAACUGGAGAGCGUCUGUUUGAUCCUCGACCUGGGAAAUACUUCUCCAGAGAUGAUGAUCAUGUUGCCCGUAUUAUUGAACUCCUGGGCAGAAUUCCUCCUCAAAUAGCUUUCUCCUGGAAGAAGUCAACAAAAUUUUUCAGCAGACCAGGUGCUCUUCUGCGGAUCUCUAGGCUUCUCCCUCGCAGCCUCUGCAACAUCCUGGCAGAGAGACACAACUGGGCAAAGUGUGAGGCUGCGCCGUUCACCAGCUUCCUCCUGCCGACGCUGGAGUACGCGCCCGAGAAGCGGGCCACGGCGGCGCAGUGCCUGCAGCACGCCUGGCUGGGCUCCCCGUGA